UGUGGAGCACAACAAGGAGGACCACGGGCAACUAACGGGAUUUGAUUUAAAUUUACACCACUUCUAUCACAUCGACCACGACUGAUCGGAGCCUCGCGGGCGUUUGGACGACGGCUCACCGGAAGCUCGUCGGUGGUUUGUGGUGAAAAGUGACAUUGUGUCGCCUCUGAGAGAAAAACCGUUCGGGACUCAAGUUGAGGCUGCAGACACUAGAGCAUGUGAAAUCUCUUUACAUGCGCAGACACCUUUUACUUCACAAAGAAAACACAACAGGAGGGAACACAUAACUUCCUUCCUGCCGCUGCUGCACCAACCCGUUGCACAAAGUUUGUGGCCGCAGCUUUUUCUGCACAACAAGAAAAGGUAGACAGGGCCAGUAGAUGCUCGCUUCCUGUUUCCUCCUCAGAACCCCCGAACCUGCCCAGCUCUAUCUGAUCUCCUCUGACUUAUAAAGUUAGAGGAGAUCAUGUUCACCCUGCCCGCGUGUCAAAUCUCACACAAGAAAUGGCAUCACUGAAGGAUUUACUGGAGUGGUGCCGCGUGGCGUGCGCCUGUUACCCCAACGUGGACAUAAAGAACAUGUCAACCUCAUUCAGAGAUGGACUUGCCUUUUGUGCCCUCAUCCACAAGCACCGGCCCGACCUGAUAGAUUUCAGCUCCCUCUCCAAAGAUAAUGUUUAUCAAAAUAACAAACUGGCUUUUGAGAUUGCAGAGACGAAGCUGGGCAUCCCUGCACUGCUGGACCCAAACGACAUGGUUUGCACCAAGGCGCCUGAUUGUUUGAGCGUCAUCACCUACCUCGCUCAGUACUACUCCUUCUUCAGCAGGAAGUCUUAUGCAGGUCUUGCCAGUUUGAGGUCAUCCCAUGUUACUGUCUUAAACAAGAGUAAAGCUCCUGAUGGUCUGAAACCCUGGAAGAGCUCGACUGAUCUCGAAACAAGUGGAGACGUGCGUUUAUCCAACAAAGGGCCCCGGACGGUGUGUAGUUUGUGUUUUAAGCCUGUGCACCUCAUCCAGAGACACUGGAUUGACGGGAAGGUCUACCAUCGCAGCUGUUUCAGGUGCAGAGUGUGCCACAGCAGUCUCUUACCAGGGUCUUACUCAAGGGGAAGUGAGGCUGGCUCCUUGAUUUGCACUCACCAUAAAAAAGACAGUAAAAGUACUUUUGUUUCCCUCAAUCAGCGAAUCGGAUCUACAGAGAAUCGGCCCAAAUGUAAGUUUCAGACAGGUUAUUUUUCUCUGGGGGGAUCAGCUAUCACCAGCGUCCCUCAUUACACUAAGAAAACAGAGUCACAGGGCAGAUUGGUUUGUAAAACAGCAGAGACAGAGGGGAAGGAAAGGCAGGAGAGGAGCAGAGAGGUGAAAGACCGACAAAAUGGAGACUACACUGUUGGACUGAGGAGUGUUGUAAAAAAGCCAGCGCUUCCUCAUCUUCCCCCACCCGGUGAUAAAGACAGCACCGUCGAAGGAGCUGGAAAAGCUGGACCUGCACCCGUUCUGGCAGACUGCAAGAUACAGCAGGGAUCGACUCAAGAGCACUCUGAGCUCUCUUCAUCUUCUGCAGGAGUGACAGAAGGUAUUAGUCGCCCGGUUCCAGCACCCAGGAGAACGUUAGACUCCUCUGUAGUCCCCGUUCCUGCACCCAGGACCAAAACCUCCCAGACAAUGAACAGCUCCCCCGCUGCAGACAAUUCCAACCAGAACAAAUGUCCACCCAGUUCAUCUCACGUACGGCCUUCUUCACUUGUGGAGUCUCAGAUCACCUCUUGUUGUUCUGUUCGUAGCACCAGCCCAACCCGUAGUAGCCCGAAAGUGAGCACCAACCAUCCCUGGCUGGCCAUCGUCCACCCCGGACCCUGGACACAGCUGCCUCCCGCUCCAGCUCCAGUUCCCACUCCUCGAUCCAAAUCUGUCUCUAACCUGCAGAGGUCAUGGUACAGACCCAAAGUGCCUGCUCCCAAUCCAUUUGGAGAGGAUGUGGAUGAGGAUACCCAGGAAGAGGGCAGUAAACCUGAGCUAUCAGACCGAACAGAGCCCUCACUGGCAGAUGUUCCUUCAGGAAAUUGUGUCAGUCUUAGCGGAGCUACUAACACAGCGGGCGCUUCCAGUGAAGCAGUUAGUAGUCAAAUUGGUAUAGCAGAUUUGGAUGAAAGUGGAAACACGGGAGGUUCACUACAAGAUGUUACAGCACAGAGUCACCUUUUACCCAGGAGUCUCUCUGUGCCAGCUAUCACGUCUGCUUCCUGUCAGAGAUCCUUUUUGCCUGAUGACAUGACAGAGGCUAAUGAAUGUGAUCCUGACACACCAUGUCAAAGUAAGCUGGCCUGCAAAGAGAAUCCUUUUGAUCGAAAACCUGGAAUUCCCAGAUCAAAAACUUUUCAGUCCCUCCAAUCACAACGGGCCCAGGCCCCUGGACAUGGCUUCCCACUCAUCAAGAGGAAGGUGCAGACAGACCAGAAUAUUUGUACAGAAGGGCUGCAGGUGGAGAUGAGAGAACUGGAGAAACAUCUGGAGGUGCUGGAACAAAGAGGAGUCGAACUGGAGAAGAACCUGAGAGACUGCAAGAAUGAUAAAGAGGGGGAACAAAUGCUAAUGGAGUGGUUAUCUCUUAUCCAUGAGAGACAUGUCCUGGUGCGCAGGGAUACAGAGCUGGUUUAUCUGGCGAAGCAGCAGAAGUUGGAGGAGAGACAGGCAGACGUGGAGUACGAGCUCAGAUGUCUCCUCAAUAAACCAGAGAGCGACUGGAGUCAGGAGGAUCGAUGUCAAGAGAAGCAGCUGAUGGAGGAGCUGGUCGCCAUCAUCGAACAGAGGAACCAAAUCAUCAGCAGCUUGGAUCAGGACAGGCAGAGGGAAAGGGAAGAAGAUAUGCUUUUGGAAGCCAUGAUGAAGAACAAAGAGCUCCAGAAAGAAGGACUUAAAGAGCUGAAGAAGUCAAAAGGAAAGUUUAAGCCGACCAAGGUUUUUAAGAUGCUGAACCAUAAAGCUGCAGAGAGCACCAAAGACUCCACGGACAAAAAGAACUGAAGUACCAUCACGACUGCAGAAACUCUCACUGACAACAAACUCGUUUUAACUUUGAGAUGAUGAAGAUGAUAAAAGUAUUGAUCAUAAUAUGAAACGGUUUAUUAAUUUUACGUUCAAGAGCACUUGGGUAGCAUAGAAGAAAUGAAUCAUUUGCAGUUCAGCAUUAUCGAACACAUUUUCUGCUCCAUGUUUAAUCACUUGCCCUCUCUCCCAUAUGCAAUCCAUAUUUAUGUUUUUUAUUUUAUUACAUACUUCUUUUAGUUUAAGUAUGUAAUAAAUAUUUAUUUGACAACAUUUUUUGUCUUGUCUGUGGAGAAGGAUUGUAUAUAAUAUGAUUAAACAACUUUUAUUGUGAAUAAUAUUUCAUUAUUGGUUUUUUUUAUGGUAGUUAUCUACUAUGCUGGUAAAGGUGCAUUUGAAGUCACUCAAAACAGAUAAACACAGCUUGUCCUGAGUUGUUUGAGUAAGAACAUUCACACACAUAAUUUCCAAUAUCAGUUUUAUUGUUCCUGCUCUAAUGUUGUGGUUUUAAGUUAGAAAAUGGAAAUCCUUAAAGAGCUGAACACAGUGAUGCAAUAACUUUUAUCUGGCUGUAACCUCCCUCUAUGUGGAAUUGUUAUGCAGGAUUUGUGCCUCUUGAGUUAUUCCUGUCUUGUUUUUCUCCAGAGAGUCUGUUAACUACAGAAAGAGUAUUUUCUUUAAAGGCACUUAAUUUAGAGUCAAAGUUGAGGAAUUCUCUUCAAGGAGUCCUGGUUUGUUUUUGACAGAUAGUCCAAAUAAACUUAAAGAAUUAAAUGCAUCAGUAAUACACGGAAAUGUCAUGGUAUUCUUAAAAGAAAAAACAUUUUGUAGGUCCUCCGCACAUUUAACACAAGCAAGUGUGUCACUGUUUUUUUAAGUUUGUAAGCCAAAUGAAGUAACAAUGAAAUAAACUAAUGAAAUUUGACUAGUA